AUGUCGAAAGCGAAUGUUCUACUUGUUGGUUUAGGGGGUGUGGGAGUAAUUGCAGGAUACACGUUAGAAAGAAACAAGAGAACUAAUUUGACGGUAGUUGUGAGAUCUAACACUAACGAAGUAAAGAAGAAAGGGUUCAGAAUAGAAUCAGUUGAUUACGGUAUUAUUGAGAGUUACCAACCGAAGAGUAUAGUAGAAACUGUGGAAGAUUCCGUAACUGAUGCCCCUUUUGACUUCAUUGUGGUUGCCACCAAAAAUAUUCCAGACAUCGUAAAAGUGGAAAACAUAAUUUCUUCGGCUAUUACCCCCAAAACAACUACGAUUGUUUUAUUGCAAAACGGUAUUGGUAUCUCAGAUCUGUUGUUUUCUCGAUUUCCUGAAAAUGCUGUAUUAAGUGGGGUUUCAUUAAUCAGCUCAAACAAAUACGACAAGACAAUUCAGCAUAUUAGUACUGAUGACUUAGCAAUUGGCUAUUUCUUUAAUAAGUUUCUUACUAAAGAAUUUCAGAAACAAGAGGCGGAAAAGUUUAUAUCCCUUGUAUUCAAAUGA